AUGUCUCCCAUCAUCCUGUUCAACCGGGAAAAUGGACUCCGCGCAGGGGGACUCGGGGCCCUGAAUGUGACUUUGGAGUAUUAUAACACCCACCUGGAUGAGCCCUUGGUCAUGAAUCUGGGUGGUGCCAUUGGGGCAUACUUUGAUUUCUGCAAUGAGAACCGGGCCAUUGCUCGAGAGUUGGGCUCGGUCCAGAGCUUCAUCCAGAACAUCAGGAACAACUUCCAUGGUGAGUACAGCGAUUGGGGGUACGAGCCAGUAAAGCAGUCGCUGUAUGCUCUAUCUUCAGGGACAUGGACCAAUGCAGAUAUUGCAUACCAAGAGGCAUUUCCCUCCCUGGGUGUCGAGCUGAUGACCGAGCAUGGCAACGAGACGAAGAUUGCUGAAGAGACCUUGCAGGCGGUCAAGGCCAUGGCCUGGCAGGACGACUUCUACCGAAGCCGUUGGGCAGAGCUAGGCAUCUUCGAGGCCCUUGCAGGCGUGCUUCAUGACAAUCCAACAGACCGGGGGGCAAUCAGCCUUGUGGGAGAAGCGGCCAUGUACAUUAUUGGUCCGGACGCACCCAUGGGAAGUCCAGUUGCAGACUUUCGCUUCGUGCCCUUCAAUGCUACCAUUCAGCAGAAGGCAUCGGAGGGACAAUUCUUGGAG